UUUUUUUUAGUUUUUUAAAUAAUAAAAUAAAUAUAGCAAUUCUGAAAAGUAUUAUUUUAGAUUUUACUCUUUUCUUAAAUUCCCUUGAUUAUUACGACCAAACAAAAAGAUCGAUAAUCUCGUUCUCUGAGUUAUAAACUGCAAUUGCAACUGGCAACAUGAAAUCAUACGAAGAGUAAUCCGAGUGCGUUGUACGUUGGUUUUAGUGUUAAAUUAGACUAUAUAUAUUGUGAAAAUAUCAGUGAGAUUACUUCGUGAUCAUAAUGUAUGAAGACGAAAACUACGAAGAUGAUGAUUCGGAGGAAAUUACCCCAGAUUUGUGGCAAGAAGCCUGUUGGAUUGUCAUCAGCGCUUACUUUGAUGAGAAAGGCCUCGUUAGACAGCAACUCGACUCUUUCGAUGAAUUUAUUCAAAUGUCUGUGCAAAGAAUUGUCGAAGACACGCCUCAAAUCGAUCUUCAGGCCGAAGCACAACAUACAACGGGAGAAGUCGAAACACCACCUCGUUAUUUGCUUAAAUUCGAGCAAAUUUAUCUGUCAAAACCAACUCAUUGGGAGAAAGAUGGCGCUCCGAGUCCAAUGAUGCCUAAUGAAGCUCGCCUGAGGAAUCUUACCUAUUCGGCUCCUCUUUAUGUGGAUAUUACGAAAACCGUUAUUAAAGACGGAGAGGAUCCGAUUGAAACGCAACACCAGAAAACCUUUAUUGGGAAAAUUCCCAUUAUGCUCCGUUCUACGUACUGCUUGUUGAGCGGACUUACCGAUCGUGAUUUGACAGAGUUAAACGAGUGUCCGUUGGAUCCCGGUGGUUACUUCAUAAUAAAUGGAUCGGAGAAAGUGCUGAUUGCUCAAGAGAAAAUGGCAACAAAUACUGUGUAUGUGUUUUCCAUGAAAGAUUCAAAAUAUGCCUAUAAGGCAGAAUGUCGAUCCUGUUUGGAACACUCUUCACGCCCGACCAGCACGCUUUGGGUAAAUAUGUUAGCCAGAGGAGGUCAGGGUGUCAGAAAAAGUGCCAUAGGUCAACGAAUCAUUGCCAUUCUUCCCUAUAUCAAGCAAGAAAUUCCAAUAAUGAUUGUGUUUCGAGCAUUGGGAUUUGUGGCAGAUAGAGAUAUUUUAGAACAUAUUAUAUAUGAUUUUGAAGAUCCAGAAAUGAUGGAAAUGGUAAAACCAUCAUUAGAUGAAGCUUUUGUUAUUCAGGAACAAAACGUGGCUUUGAAUUUUAUUGGAGCACGUGGUGCACGACCUGGUGUUACAAAAGAAAAAAGAAUUAAAUAUGCUCGAGAAAUUCUACAAAAGGAAAUGUUACCUCAUGUUGGUGUUAGUGAUUUCUGUGAAACAAAAAAAGCUUAUUAUCUAGGAUAUAUGGUCCAUAGAUUAUUGUUAGCUGCUUUGGGCCGUAGAGAGUUGGACGACAGAGAUCACUAUGGUAAUAAAAGACUAGAUUUGGCAGGACCUUUGCUUGCAUUUUUGUUCAGAGGUUUAUUCAGAAAUCUUACAAAAGAAGUUCGUUUAUAUGCACAGAAGUUCAUUGAUCGAGGAAAAGAUUUCAAUCUGGAAUUAGCUAUUAAAACAAGGAUAAUAACAGAUGGCCUUCGAUAUUCGUUGGCAACAGGAAAUUGGGGUGAUCAAAAGAAAGCGCAUCAAGCAAGAGCAGGUGUGUCUCAAGUAUUAAAUAGAUUAACUUAUGCUUCUACCCUUUCUCAUCUUCGUCGAGUGAAUUCGCCAAUUGGUCGUGAUGGUAAACUUGCUAAACCUCGACAACUUCAUAAUACAUUGUGGGGAAUGAUAUGUCCUGCCGAAACACCAGAAGGUCAUGCAGUAGGUCUGGUAAAGAAUUUGGCUUUAAUGGCCUACAUUUCAGUUGGAUCACAACCAUCCCCCAUUCUGGAGUUUUUAGAGGAAUGGAGUAUGGAAAAUUUGGAAGAAAUUGCCCCAUCAGCCAUAGCAGAAGCAACUAAGAUAUUUGUUAAUGGUUGUUGGGUGGGCAUUCACAGAGAUCCCGAUCAACUAAUGAGCACAUUACGAAAAUUAAGACGUCAAAUGGAUAUUGUUGUAUCAGAAGUCUCAAUGGUUAGAGACAUUCGUGAUAGAGAGAUUCGUAUUUAUACUGAUGCUGGAAGGAUUUGUCGACCAUUACUGAUUGUUGAAAAACAAAAACUGCUUUUAAAGAAAAGACAUAUUGAUAGACUGAAAGAAAGAGAGUAUAAUAAUUAUAGUUGGCAAGAUUUAGUGGCAAGUGGUGUUGUUGAAUACAUUGAUACAAUGGAAGAAGAAACAGUAAUGCUUGCAAUGACUCCUGAUGAUCUUCAAGAUAGAAGCCAAUUCUAUUGUUCCACAUAUACUCAUUGUGAAAUUCAUCCUUCAAUGAUUUUAGGUGUGUGUGCAUCCAUCAUUCCAUUUCCUGAUCAUAAUCAAUCUCCCCGUAACACAUAUCAAUCUGCUAUGGGUAAACAAGCUAUGGGGGUGUAUAUUACUAAUUUCCAUGUAAGAAUGGACACACUUGCUCAUGUUUUAUAUUAUCCUCAGAAACCACUUGUGACAACACGCUCUAUGGAAUAUUUGCGUUUUAGAGAAUUACCUGCAGGAAUUAAUUCAAUUGUUGCCAUCAUGUCUUACACAGGUUACAAUCAAGAAGACUCUAUCAUCAUGAAUGCAUCAGCAAUUGAUAGAGGAUUUUUUAGAUCUGUAUUUUAUCGUGCUUACAAAGACUCUGAAUGCAAACGUGUAGGUGAUCAGGAAGAACAGUUUGAAAGACCAACAAAAGACAUUUGUCAAGGUAUGCGCAAUGCCAUAUAUGAUAAAUUGGAUGAAGAUGGUAUCAUUGCUCCUGGUACUAGAGUAUCUGGUGAUGAUGUAAUUAUUGGAAAAACAAUUACAUUACCAGAAAAUGAUGAUGAAUUAGAAGGUACUAAUAAGCGAUUUACAAAGCGUGAUGCCAGUACAUUUUUGAGAAACAGUGAGACAGGAAUUGUUGAUCAGGUUAUGUUAACCUUAAAUGCAGAAGGUUAUAAAUUUUGUAAAAUUAGAGUUCGUUCUGUACGUAUCCCUCAGAUUGGGGACAAAUUUGCUAGUCGGCAUGGUCAAAAAGGUACUUGUGGUAUAACUUACAGGCAAGAAGACAUGCCAUUUACUGCAGAAGGAAUAACUCCUGAUAUUAUCAUCAAUCCUCAUGCCAUUCCUUCUCGUAUGACCAUUGGUCACUUGAUUGAAUGUCUUCAAGGCAAAGUUUCAGCAAAUAAAGGAGAAAUUGGUGAUGCUACUCCCUUUAAUGAUACUGUAAAUGUACAAAAAAUUUCCAAUCUUCUUCAAGAAUACGGUUACCAUCUGAGAGGAAACGAAGUGAUGUAUAAUGGUCACACAGGUCGAAAAGUUAAUGCUCAGAUAUUUUUAGGGCCCACUUAUUAUCAAAGAUUGAAACACAUGGUAGAUGACAAGAUUCAUUCUAGAGCAAGAGGUCCCAUUCAGAUUCUUGUUAGACAACCCAUGGAAGGAAGAGCAAGAGAUGGUGGUCUUCGUUUUGGAGAGAUGGAAAGAGACUGUCAGAUUGCACAUGGUGCUGCUCAGUUUAUGAGGGAAAGAUUAUUUGAAGUAUCUGAUCCUUACAGGGUCCACAUCUGUAACAUCUGUGGACUGAUUGCAAUUGCAAAUCUAAGAAAUAACACAUUUGAGUGUAAAGGUUGCAAAAACAAAACACAAAUAACACAAGUGAGAAUACCUUAUGCUUGUAAAUUACUGUUUCAAGAAUUGAUGUCAAUGUCAAUUGCACCAAAAAUGUUGAUGACUUAAAUGUGAUAAUUGGAAGUAUUUUUUUAAUGGGUUAUUUCAUUACUGGAAUUUUAAAUAUUGUAUUUAACUAGAACUGUUGUAGUCUUACAUUUACUUGAGCAUGAAUAUUUUUGCUUAAAACUAUAUAAAUAAAAAAAAUUCAUUUUAUAUCUUCUAUCGUAUUAUAUUUUCAAUAUUUUAUUCUGUAAAUAUUGAAAAUUAUCACAACAUUAUGUACAUUUUGAAUUUAAAUUCAAGUAUUUUGGCACAAUAAUAAUCAGUAUUACGGGUUUGAAUAUAUUAAAGCCUUUCUUAAUAAUUAAUAUAUGACAUCAUUGCAUGUAACAAAUCAAAAGCAUUAAUAACAUUUUAUAUUUUUUCAGGCAAACCAUCAUCAAAGAUAUGUUUUCCUCAUGACACACACAUUUUUUAUGAUAAAUGAUUAACACUGAACAAGAUGGAAUCAAAUGUUUGAAAAGCUUAUUAAUUUAAACAUGGAAUGAGUGUGAAAGCUCUGUUUAAUAAAUAAAACACAAUAUAUAUAUAUCAUCAUAUAUUCCAUAAUCAGAUAAUUAUGAUUGCCAUAGUCCACAGAAUUUUCUUGCUUUUUUAUAAAUGUAUUAAGCAUUAAAAAAAUCGUCUGUAAAAUUUUGAUUUUAUCAACAAAUGGAAACUCAUUGAUGCAAUAGCUGAAGGUU